AUGGCCACCGACUUCGUGGCUGAUCCGGUGAUUGUCAGAAACAAUACAUUCCGUGACGUCGCUUGCUACGUCCACCACCUUUACGCCGAAGAUAGUCUCAAGUGGGGAUCAAUAUGGCCCUGGGAGUUUCCACAAAAUGCCACCCAAGACGAUGAAGAAAAUUUCAUCAGAGAAUGGUUUAGCGAACGAGAAAUACACCUUCAUGGCGGUGCUGCACCCCCAGGCAAUGGGUUUAGGUUCCUCAAACAGGCCUGGUACUCAGCAGCGCUUUACAAUCUCAACGAUCGUGUGCCCCUCACCGUUCAAUGGUGGUUUGAUACCAACCAAGAGCUGUGGCGAGAUCCAAGCAUGACCGAGCACUUCUUCAAGCCGGACGUCGAAGUUGCCACGUUCUUCUUGCAGCCUCAAGUAAGAAUCUUUGGAACCAAGUUCUUGAAGGUGGUAGUCGGUGAGAUCCAGAAACGACUCCUGACCACUCUGUCAGAGAAGCGAGACUCCCCUGUUCCAUUCGCCGAGAAAGAGGCAGCUUCGGAAUCACCAGUGACGCCACUACAAGCACAGUUUGAUGCACCAGUCAAGUCUAUCCAUCAGAAACUUGUCGACCAAGCCGAAACGAAAGAGCUAGCUGAAGUCGAAGCUCGAAAACUUGAGCAGGAGCGGCUUGUUCCUCCUAAAGAUUUGAGAUUGACUACUGAUGAUCUGGCCGUUGUUGAGAAGUCAGUCUCUCCGAAGACAAAGUCCUAUCCGAACCUUGGGCCAGGAAGUCUACCGCCAAAGCCACCUGCAACGACACCUACCAAGUCCACGAUUCGCGAAGUGCCGCAGAGGGUGUCGACGAUCGAUGGGAGUGCACAAGCUUUUCAACCGAUUCGCCGUGUGACCGGCUACGCGCCCAGAAUACAUCAUUCUGGGCCAUUUGAAGGCGCCGGUAAUGGUUUCAACACCAACUGGAAGAGAACGGGUUUCAGUCGCCAGGACGGCCAUGCUCGACGUAACACUUCAUGGGCAGGUCCCCGCCAGGACUCCACAGGCUAUCCUGCGAGCUUUGCCAUCCAACCCUUAAUGGAUAGCACCACUUCUUGGGUGCCCGCUCAGUCGUUCAAUCAUCAUCAUCAGUUGCCGCAAAGGAAUCCUGCCCAGCCAGAAUGGGAUUAUAGCCACCAGAGUGAAGCAGCGACUCGAGAGUAUCGGGGACAGACUCAUGUAAUGGACCCUGGAAGCUUCCAGCGGAACCUUAACAACCAUUCCGCUUCGUCUGCCUCACGAUCUCGAUACGAUGAUGGCAAUCGCUUUAGGAAGAGCUCAAAUUAUCCUCACUCAGACACAGCGUCGUGGUCAAAUCAUGAGAAUUUUCGGCGUUCCUCGAAUAAUCCACCUCGUGGGCAUGGUGGCUUCAAGGGUCGCACGCAACCAAGCCCCCAUCAUUUUGUAGACCACAAGCAGAAUUACUCACACGAUCAAUACUCUGGCCACCAAUUCCAGACUCCCGUCGAAGGCGCCAAUCCAUCGAUCCGCCCCAAGCCCUGGGUGUCUCGCCAUUUCAACGAUGAUUUAAGAAGUCAAGCCCCGCCGCCAACAGACCAUCAGCAAACACUCAUUAAUCUCCUCAGUGUACACCCACCCGGUCUACAUACACACGCAGCAAGCGUUAUGCCGCCGCCACACAAUCCAUUCCAUGACCAGACGAAUCAACUGCAGCCUCCAAGAAAUAUGGUACACGGAAAGGGAGAGAAAUAUGUGCCUCAUCACAAAUUUGAUUCUGCAAACAAGAACAAAGAGCCACCAAAUGCAUGUGGCUACUGGUGUUGCGCGAUGGGUAUCGAUAUCCGUUGCCAGACUGCUACGCAGCUUGUCGUGUAUCACAUACCUUCGUCACUUUCGGAGAGCACGUUGUAUCACAUGUUCCAGAAAUUCGGCAGUGUAUGCGACAUCUAUCGCACUGACCACAUCACUUUUGUGAACUACGAGCGUAGGGAAAGCGCGCACUCGUGUCUCUCUAGGCAGAGGGAGUUGAAAUCUUGGGGCAUGAACAUCGCGGUGGAAUUAUCAAGGAUGCACUGGGAUCUUAAUUUCGUCAUGAGCCCACAGGAGGCCAACAAGAAGAUCCCCCAACCGUGCUAUGGAUCCUACGAUCGACUGGCGGCAUGGCUCGUCGAACACAAAGAACAUCAAAAACUCAUGUCGGAUGAAUUCCAAUCGUGGUUGAAAGGCUCCCGAUUUCACCCAGCACAAAUUGUGGACGAGAAUGCGCCACCAAAGAAGGCCAAGAAGAUCCCGAACAAGAAGAAAACCGAACGCCACGAAGUGCUGACAGACACGAGUUCCGCUGCUCCAUCAUCCUCACCCGAAAUGUCAAGGAAGCAGGAUCCGGAUCCUGAAUCACGUGGUAAGCUGGGCAAGAAGAAGAAUCAGCAGCAGCAGCAGCAACAGCAGCAGCGGCCGCCGCCGCCACGUGGCCGUGCCGAAAAGGCCGGCAUUCACCAGAACAAGUCGUCGAUGCAACAAGAACUUCCUUCGCCCGCCGCUUCCGAGCCUGCUCAGCAGGCUAAGGUACCGUCUCCUCCUAUCGAGGCCGAAACCAUUCCUGAUCCAGUCGUGGUGGAAGACGCCAAGGAGACUGAAUUGCCGCAAGCUCAACCCGCAGACAGGGUACAUCUCGAGGAUGCUGAUCACGGAUGCGUGAUCGUCCCCUCCAAGGGCUCUGAACUGCCAUCAUCGAAUGUCGCAAACGAACAGCAUCCUGAAUCUCUGGAUAUCGAUGAGUCGAUCAACAUCAGCGAGCCAAAUACUCCUGACGCUGCUCAUCAUGUCAAUCUCACAGAGGCUGGAAAACUGCCGCCUCGUGUGUCGUCGACCGAAGCACAAGUCACACCUUCGCUGGAAGUGGUUUCAGAUCCUGCAGACAUUACAGCAUCCAACCCUCCCGCUCUUUUGGAAGCAGAAACCGACCAGCAGGAUGAGGAGAAGUCUGCCUCUGUUCCUAAGACUCCUCAACCCGAGCUUGACCAAGCUCCAGUAACGGUAAAAUUGGAGAGCAUUUCGCAAGCUGCAGGUCCCAUGCAGGAAAUCGCGCCAAGCUCGCCCCCUGUCGAUCUCGACACUGAUAAUACUCUGGGCGACAAGAAUACCCAAUCUUCAAUGGCAGUGAAGAAAGAUGUAGCAGCGGAAGCAUCGACUAGAGUGGUCAGCGGAAAGAAGCAAACCAAGCCAAAAGGUGCGCCUGUGACCGAAUCUCUCAGUCAGUUCGGCCGAAAGAACGAGAAGAAGUCGAAACCAUCGAAAGGCAAAGGCACACUGAAGGGCAAGCCGAAGAUACUGGAUGCGAAACCAGCCACUAGUCCUGAGCCGCAGGCGAUGUUUACCAAAGAUAAGAACAUGAAGAGCAUCGACGCCAACAGUUCCAAGGGUACCUCAAUGUCGGGGGUCUCAAUGGCGGAGGGCGGGCCAGUUCCAGAAACGGAGCGUGAUACCAAGUCCCACAGGGCUGAGACUCAACACGAUGAUUCUGCUAAAAGCAGUGUGACUAAGAGUGCUGGUAGCUGGCUUCCAACUUUGUCUGGGCUUCUCGGAAAGUCGAAACCAGCCGCGAGGAUCGCGCCAGCGAAGGUUGAUGUGUCGGAGAUUGUCAGUAUGAACGACGACGAAGUCACGAUUACAGCGAAGCAACCGGAGACAGGGGAUACAAAACAAGCUUUAGAAACCGAAUCGACUUCCGGCCAAAUGCCCUCAUCUCCAGCGGUCAGGAUCAUCGUCGAGGCGCACGUACCACCAGAUCCUAGACUACCUGAUGCGACCGAGGGGAUCUGUUCGUCUGCACAGAGUGUGCCGGACAUUGAAAAGCAAGCUACCAAGCCGCCUCAUAUCGAAUCGACCGAUGACGUUGCUGAAACGGACGAUCUGCCUUCAGCUGAGGUGAAGACAAUUGAGACAAAGACCAUUGAUAUUUACCAAGGCCCAGCAACCUCAGAUGCACGGGACUCAACCAUGGAAAUUCCUGCAGAGCAGAUUGAAAAUCCCAAUAAGAUUGAGAUUGACCAAGCAGCCAAAUCAACGCCUGCAAUAGAUACGGCCGAAGCACAGGCGACCAAGGCCAAGAAGAAAAAGAAGAAGACUAAAGCUAAGAAGAACAAGAACAAGUCAUUGGUUCCACCGGAAGCGUUGAUUGAAUUCAUCAGCGAUCACCCAGCACCUCAUCGUCAAUCUGUGCCCAUUGUUCAGGUUAUGAUGCCAGACGAUCUCGAAGUUCAGAAGAGCGACGACACGGUGUCCGAAGGCUCCACGCAGACUCUGCCUGCUAUACCCGUGACAUCUGAACAGUCGACCGUGGCGAAGAAGAUAGAGCAAGCUGUGAGGCAUUCCAGUAGUCUCGUCGAAGCACCCCCGGCCCGUCGAAAACUAAAGCGGACCAGUCUGGCCAACACAAAAGAGGCACACUCGUCAGACAGCAAAGCCUUAUCACUUCGCCAAACCCGAGCUGUGACCCCGGCCAGCGAUGAAGAUAGUGAUGUGCGUUCGAAAUCUAACGUCCUAUUAAUAUUCACUCCUCCCAAACAAUCCAAAAAGAAGAAAGAAGAAGAUGAUGCAAAGAAAACUCUAAUCCCACAACUUUCAUCUCCCGAGUCGAGCGCUGACCUUGUCACUUCAGACCGAUUGAAUGAGACCGAUCAGAGGAACGCCUACAACCGGUGGGCACGCAAGGACCGCAAUUCCAUCAUGAAAGGCUCUUCGACUAGACCUGCAACGGAAAGCUUAUGGCCGACCUUUCUCGACGAUGAACCAGACCUGAAGAAGCACUACACAGAUGUCAUACUUUCACAAAUGGACGAGCUGACUUUGGAGCGAUCGACAGAGAGUCAGGGGCGAUUCGAGGAAGUGGUAUCAGAUGAGGAGGAAAGGGAGCCGUGCGAUAGCGACGGCAUGGCUACGGAAUCAAUAGCUGAUUCGGUGAUUGCAUGUCAAGACGAGGCUCGAAGUCCGAUGACUUCAUCGAUGCAGCAGAACUCCACGGCUGCGGAGAAGCCACAUGAAUGAGGCAUCAGAUUCGAUCGUGUGGCCUUUGACCGUGUAAUUAACAUCAAUUUAUCCAGAUCUUUUCCUUUCCCGC